UGGGCGCGGUCUCUCGGAAGCGAAACUCCACUUUAUAGUUUAUCCUCUCGACUUUCUCCGCGGCACAUUCACAGCUUUCAGAAAUGGCGUCGACAAUAUCUCUGAGUGCUCAACUACCAAAUAUGCGAGGAAUUUCUGAUUGGAAACAACGAAGUAACCUAAAUUCAAUGUCAAAUAUAGUUGGUGUGCGGAUCACAUCUCAUGGUCCUUGGAAAGUUCAUAAAAAUAAUAGAUCCUUUUGUGUUUAUGGUCUAUUUGGAAAAAAGAAGGAGAAUGAGGAGAAGAGCGAUGAUGCACCUUCAAAGGCAGGAAUAUUCGGAAACAUGCAGAACUUAUACGAGACUGUGAAGAAGGCGCAAAUGGUUGUCCAAGUAGAGGCAGUGCGUGUACAAAAAGAACUUGCAGCGGCAGAGUUUGAUGGCUACUGCGAAGGAGAGCUAAUUAAGGUGACGUUAUCUGGGAAUCAACAACCUGUUCGCACGGAGAUCACUGAGGCUGCAAUGAAAUUAGGACCAGAAAAACUGUCCCUUCUAGUCACCGAAGCAUACAAGGACGCACACCAGAAGAGUGUUCAGGCCAUGAAGCUAAGAAUGAAUGAUCUUGCCCAGAGCUUAGGUAUGCCCCAGGGCCUCAAUGAGGGAUUGAAGUAGACAUUUUUAUGUCUGUCGAGCUUCAGUUUUGUAAAUGCAGGAGCGGAACGACUUAAUUGUAAUCUGACCUUGGCAGAAAAUUCCAUUUUAGUUUUUACUGGUGAACUAAAUGUUUGGAAACCUUGUUCUCCAUCUCUAAAUGUAAAACAGACAUCUGUGAUAUUUAUUGUGGAAUCAGAACGAAGAAUGAAAAGUACAAGACGAGUAUUCAAAUUGGAA